AUGGCCCCGACAGAAACCGCAGUCGAGAAAUCCAUAGCGGACCACCUCACCGAAUGGGGCUCCUCAUCCCUCCCCCCCUCCCUGCUCGCAACCCUCAUCACCGCCCUCCACGCCCGCCCCCUCCAGCCCCUGCCCCUCACGCUCUUCACCCCAACCCUCCUCUUCAGCUCCUACCUCAACCUCUCGGGCUACCCCACCGCCAGCGCGGGCCUCGCCGCCGCCUGGUCCGGCCUGUACGCGCUGCUGGCCCUGCGCCGGCGCCAGGGGCUGCGGGCGAAGCUGAGCAUUCGGGGCGUGGUGCGCGGGACGGCGGUUGGGCUGGGCGCGGCGAAUUGCGUGGCGGGCGGGUGGGUGUAUAUGCAUGGGAGCAAGGAUCGGGAUAGGAAGGCGAGGGAGGAGAGGAAUCGGUGGGGACAGUAUGAUGAUAAAUGAAAGGUUGAGUGUGAGGGUGUGAGGGAAAAGGGUUUGAUGAUGAACAGAAAAGGAGAAGAAAGGAGCAUUACAUUGUACCAUUACCAAUAUCGUUGCUGGGCCUAAAAGCAUGCAUACAUGUAUAUUAUCACGACACAGAAUGAAACACAAAUCACAC